CCCGGAGAACAAGGGGCGCGGGGGGACCGGGCGUGCGGAGGCCGCAGCCGGGCCGGGGCGCGGGCGGGGGCCGGGCCGGGACUGGGGGUCCGGGCCGGGGCGGAGGAGGCGGCGGAGGCAGAGGCGGGGGCCCGGCGGCCGGGCAGGGGCGCCAUGGCGGCGGCCGAGACGAAGAUCAUUUACCACCUGGACGAGCAGGAGACGCCGUACCUGGUGAAGCUGCCGAUCCCGGCCGAGCGCGUCACCCUCGGCGACUUCAAGGGGCUCCUCAACCGCCCCAACUACAAGUUCUACUUCAAGUCCAUGGAUGACGACUUCGGGGUGGUGAAAGAAGAGAUCUCGGAUGACAAUGCCAAGCUUCCCUGCUUCAAUGGCCGGGUGGUGUCGUGGCUGGUGUCUGCAGAGGGUUCCCAUUCAGAUGCUGGCUCGGUCUGUGCCGAUAACCAGACAGAGCUGCCACCCUCCAUGGAGCGCACAGGAGGAAUUGGAGACUCCAGGCCCCCCUCUUUCCACCCUAACACUGGGGGAAGUCGAGAAAACUUGGACAAUGAGACAGAGACAGACUCGGUGGUGUCAUCACAGAGAGAACGACCUCGUCGGACAGAUGGGCCUGAGCAUGCACCCAGGGUGAAUGGGACAGUGAAGGGAGAGAGGCGCCGAGACCUGGGUGGGUACGAGAGCUCCUCCACACUCAUGAGCAGCGAGCUGGAGACCACCAGCUUCUUCGAUUCAGAUGAAGAUGACUCCACCAGCAGGUUUAGCAGUUCAACAGAGCAAAGCAGUGCUUCCCGUCUGAUGAGGAGGCACAAGCGACGCCGGAGGAAACAGAAGGCUCCACGCAUUGAGCGGUCCUCGUCCUUCAGCAGCAUCACAGACUCCACCAUGUCCCUGAACAUCAUCACGGUCACGCUGAAUAUGGAGAAAUACAACUUUCUGGGCAUUUCUAUUGUGGGACAGAGCAAUGAGCGUGGGGAUGGAGGCAUUUAUAUUGGCUCUAUCAUGAAGGGAGGCGCUGUGGCAGCUGAUGGCAGGAUUGAGCCAGGAGACAUGCUCUUGCAGGUAAAUGACAUCAACUUUGAGAACAUGAGCAACGAUGAUGCUGUGCGGGUGCUGAGGGAGAUCGUGCACAAGCCGGGGCCCAUCACCCUGACAGUGGCCAAGUGCUGGGACCCCAGUCCGCGGGGCUGCUUCUCGUUACCCAGGAUUGCUCCCCAGCGGAUCUGGGCUGGGCCAGACUCUCCAUGCUCCGAUCCGGGUGAGCCCAUCCGGCCCAUCGACCCGGCAGCCUGGGUGUCUCACACGGCAGCGAUGACUGGCACCUACCCAGCGUACGGUAUGAGUCCAUCCAUGAGCACAAUCACUUCCACCAGCUCCUCCAUCACCAGCUCCAUCCCAGAGACCGAACGCCUCGAUGACUUUCACCUGUCCAUCCACAGUGACAUGGCCACAAUUGUCAAAGCCAUGGCCUCACCAGAGUCAGGCCUCGAGGUGCGUGACCGCAUGUGGCUGAAGAUCACCAUCCCCAAUGCCUUCAUUGGUUCGGAUGUGGUAGAUUGGCUCUAUCAUCAUGUGGAGGGCUUUACAGACCGCCGUGAGUCCCGCAAAUAUGCCAGCAAUCUGCUGAAGGCUGGCUACAUCCGCCACACCGUGAACAAGAUCACCUUCUCGGAGCAGUGCUAUUACAUCUUCGGGGACCUCUGUGGAAACAUGGCUAAUCUGUCUCUUCAUGAUCAUGACGGCUCCAGCGGUGCCUCUGAUCAGGACACUUUGGCUCCGCUCCCCCACCCAGGAGCCGCACCCUGGCCCAUGGCCUUCCCAUAUCAGUAUCCACCACCUCAUCCAUACAACCCCCAUCCCGGUUUCCCUGACCCAGGCUACAGCUACGGAGGGGGCAGUGCAGGCAGUCAGCACAGUGAAGGGAGCCGGAGCAGCGGUUCCAAUCGCAGUGGCAGCGAGAGGAGGAAGGAGAGAGAGAAGACCGGGGAGUCGAAGUCAGGCGGCAGCGGGAGCGAGUCGGACCACACCACGAGGAGCAGCAUGCGGCGCGAGCGUGCGGCCAGCGAGCGCUCGGUGCCGGCCAGCCAGCACAGCCAGCGCAGCCAGCACUCCCUGGCUCACAGCAUCCGCAGCCACCACAGCCAGCAGUCGUACGGGCCGCCCGGCCUCCCCCCUCUCUUCAGCCCCCCCAUGUUGCUGAUGCCUCCACCGCCGUCAGCCAUGGGGCCCCCCGGGGCGCCGCCGGGCCGUGACCUGGCCUCUGUGCCCCCCGAACUGACAGCCAGUAGACAGUCCUUCCGAAUGGCCAUGGGCAACCCCAGUGAGUUCUUUGUGGAUGUAAUGUGAAGCGCCCGUCCCCUGUCUGUCUGCUGUCCCUCCUUCCCCCUUUCUAUCCCUGUCGUUUGUUUCCUAGGACCAGCCCUGGCUUCACCCCUUGUUUUUUUGGGGUUUUUUUUUGUUUCUUUUUUUUUUUUUUGUCUUGAUAACGAAAAGAAAAAAAGGGAAAAAAAUAAUAAAUGGAACUAAACCUUGAUUCUAAUCCCUCCUCGAGCGGGGUGGACAGGCCUGGCAGGCCUGCUGGGUGCUGUCAGCCCAUCCUGCCCCCAGACUUGUGUAUUUCCGAUGGUAAUUCCCUCCUGCCAUCCUUUCUAACCCCAUUAAUCCGCAUCCGUCCCAGCACCCUGUGCUGCUUGCCCGUGUGUCACUGCUGCCUCAGUCCUUUCACCCUAAACAUCUCUUCUUUCUUUUCACCCUUUUGUGUUUCUUCUAUCAAGCAGCAAAGAAUUACGGGGUGUUUGACUUUCUCUGAGCCUGCCGCCCGUGGGGGGGAGAGCUGGAGCAUGGCGUGGCCCGACAGCAGGACACGGAGCUCCAGGGGCGCUGGGCACGCAUGGCGCUGAAGAUGGCUUCUUUCCUCCCCCUCGCGGAAGAUGCCCUGCCCUUCCCACAGCCCUGAGAGGGGAGCAGGGACCAGCCUUAUAUAUGUAUUUUAAAUCCCGUUGUAGUUGCCUUUUGGCUAAUGCAUGAAUGUUCCAGGGCUUCAGUGCCUGCAGGGAGUGGACAGAUGCUACCACUUCCCUCUUGCCUCCCUUCUCUUGCCCACAUAAUGGGCCAGGUGCAAGCCUGACACUGACCCAUGGCAGGACCCUCCUUCACCUUGGCCAGGUCUCAGGGCUGGGGCUGUACCUCAGCCCAGAGAGGCGGUGAUUGCCUGUGCACAGUCUCUUGCGUGACUCAGUGCCCUACACCUGCCCUGGGGUUCUUUGGGGGGAUUUAAGGGCAGAGCUCUGCUCCUUCCAUCCUGCUCUUUGCCCUCCUGCCUGCAAUGUGCUGCUGCCUGUCCUGUUUGUAGGGGCUGUCCCGUGCCUGGGGCUGGCAGUGGCAGCUGUGGCCUUCUCCCUCCUGCUGUCGCGCUGCUGCUCAGCUAUGUGGUACCUUCAGGGCCCUGGACUAAGUUAGAAGGCGAGGGCGGGGCACAACUGGUUCGCUUUCAUGCUUUGGAGAAACGUGGAGCUCCCCUGUAUUUGCCCUCUGAAGGGCCUGAGUCUGUCUUCUCCUCUGCCCAGUGCUGCUGGCCUGGCUGCUGGGAGGGACAAACCUCUGGGACAGCCCCACUCCCUCUGGUCUGUGAGCAACCUGAGCUCUCCAGGGAUGAGACUGCAGCCUGAACCAUGGCCUCUGGGCUCAGUGCCCACAGGUGUGCUCUGACAGUUGAGUCUGUCUGCUCCAGUGCUCCCUGCCUUUCUUCCUUCCACUUCUGGGUACGCGGAGACGUGCCCGGGGCUGGGGCAGCCCUCUCCCCAUGCCCAGGGCCAAGCACGGUACAGUAUGGACAUGUCGACCCUGCCGCUGUUGGUGCUGGCGCCCCGGCGCCCUCUCCUCCUGCCACGCCGUGGCUUUCUCCACAAGCGUUGCCUCCUUUGGUCUUUCUUGUGUUCAUAGUUUUUAUACGAUGGAGUUGAAUUGUAUUUUGCUCCCUGGGAGUCUGCAUUGCCCCUGCAGCCCCCUGCCAGCUCUCACACGCCAUCAGUUCAUCUCCCUGACUCCCUAAAGCCUCUCCUUCCCUCAGCCCGCUGGAGUCAGACUGUCCCCAGUAGCCUCCCCGGCCACUGCGCACCCCUUGCCCUGCCCUACCCACUGGGUUUUAUAAAAACAACACCAAUCUCCUUGUUUUUAUUUAUAAACAUAGUUUUAUUGGA